GUCUUAGACCAUUUUGAUAUCUAAUUCUGCCUGAGCUUUGAAUUGCAUUUGAAUAUCUUCAUUUUAGAAUAUUGGUAGAAUUGUUAAGCAGCUGCAUGUAUAAUAAUUAUUAAACUACGAGUCGGUGAAAAAUAAGUUUUUACGUUAGUGAUAAGCGAAUAUUUGUGAAGAAAACUGUGUCUGUAUUUUCAUAAUUUACUUGUGAACCUUAGCGAGAGUCAUAGAAAGUCACACAGGAUUUGCAGAGUGAAUAGUAUUUACAUUUUUAUGCCAGUUUUGACCGAAAAUGUGGUAUGACUACACAACUUUGCAGCUAACACCUCGGGAGGGCGGGACAAUCCCGGACGGCGAUCCCUCUGCGGCCCCUGAAAUCAACUACGACGAACAUGAACAAAAUGGGGACAAACAACAGACAUCUCAGGAAGAAUCGAAACAACCUCGCAAACAUGUCAGCCCUGUGUUGCUCCUAUCGUCAGAUCCCGAUGAAAAUCGACUCACCCCUACUGUUCCCUCGUGGAUGGCGAGAGAAUCUAGUCGGACGAGUGUCCCCGACGACGAAGAAGCGGACGAAGUUGCCUCAAAGACAAAUACUAUCAAAGGAAAACCGAAACUGAAAAUCAUAAGGACGCCGGAGGGACCUGUGGCGACGAACAGUGGUGUCGAAUUACCGAAAAGAAAAGACGACGAAGACCAAACAGAGAAGAAAGCAGAGCGAGGAAUUUUAUACUACAUUGACGUCACUCGAGAGAUACUUUGGAAAGUGUGCUUUGUCAGGUUAUGUAAUCGAUACAUCAACGCCACGUUACUCGAAGCUUUCUUCCUUCUCGUUUAUCUCGCCUUGAUUGCCGCGAACUCCAUUUUUGUUGGCCUCGAUUUUUCUCCUCUUACAACUGGAAGCGUCGCUAUAGCUGGAAUUGCAAUCUGGUUUUCGGUCAUCGGCAUCUAUAGCGUGCUGUGGUUGGUCGCCAAGGUUCCAUACAACAGCCAAUCAAGUGCGAGGUGUAACGUGAUUGGCGGAAUGGGAUCGAUGGUGUUGUUAGUAUUGCAUGCGGCUCCUCUGACUUGCAACUGGAACAGUAGCGAAGAUACAGUCGAAGAGUGCAAAACUGGAGUUGCUGCUGCAGUGCUGUUCGGGGUUUCCAUUCUCACAAGUUUCUCCCUCCUCAGAAACUGGAUGUACAGAUUCUCCAAUCUUCUCAACUUCGCCUUCGUCGUAAAAUUCUUCGUCUUAUGUGGCUACCACAAAGCAUACUUCAUUUUCAUUGCAUUUUUAUUCGUCUUACUCGACAUCAUUUGCAGAGUCAUCUCUACCGCGAGGAAUGCGUAUCUCAUGAAUAAGGCAUCUUUGACCAGACUGCCCUCCAAUGUAAUCAAGAUAGAGAUGGAAAGACCACUCAACUUCACAUUCGAAGCAGGCCAGCAUAUCAGAGUGUACAUUCCGCUAGUGAGUAAAUUCGAGUGGCAUCCCUUUAGCAUCAGCUCCUCCCCCUUCGAUCCCCAGCUGACCCUGCAUGUGCGAGUGGGGGGAGGAAGAUGGGGCAAAAACCUCUACAAAGUAGCCAGUGGACAAGACGACCAUCACUCAAGCAGCAGCAAACACAAAAAGGUGAGGCUGUUCUUCUAUGGUCCUUUUGGCAAACCGACUCUUGACUUGUGGGGGGAUCGAAAGAAGUACUCUGUCUUCAUUUCCAUCAAUGCCGGAAUAGGAGUGACUCCAGGACAAUCAAUCUGCAACACCCUGUUGCAACAACACAGAGAGGGAGAGAGGAAAGUUGACAAAAUAUACUUUGUCUGGUCUGUCAAAGACAGUUUCAACAGAGUACACAGACUCCCCUGCGAGCCAGAGCUGGCCAAUCCGGAUAUAUAUCAGCUACCCUUCAGUUUCCAGCCUGAUUUGCUCAAGAGAAGUUUGUGCGACCCCAAAAUUGUCCAUGCCAGUUAUCAUAUGACCAAAACCCGAAUAGCCCACGAGUUCGCAGAAGGGAAUAUCUUCCCCGGGGUCCAAAAGGGACUCUGCCUCUCUCGUCUUCACAUGUCGGCCGAAUUCGAACACGCCUUUUCUUUCUGCAAAACCCAAAACGUACCCCGAGUCGCAGUUAUCCUCUGCGCACCAAAGAGCUUCUUGCGCGAGGUGGAAUUUCUAUGUCGAGAAUGGAGCUUGAAAGGAGUGAAGUUUGACCUCCACGUUGAAAACUUCACGGUUUGAAACAGUUGAUCACACUUUUCAGUUAUUGUUCGAAUCUUUCAAAUUGAAACUUUAGUUGUGCGAUCCAAAUUAGAUACAUGAGUUUCUGUAAAAUAUGGACCCUAACGUUAAAGUAUGUUUAACAAGACUGCAUUUAAAAAAAUUAGUUGAAUCAUAUCAUUUUACAAAAAUGAAAAUUUCUAUGAAGUUGUGUAUUUAUUCAAAAACCAAU